UUUCUCCACCCCGGUAUGGGGAAUACAGAAUCAAUAGAUACAGAAUCAAUAGACUAUUCAUAUGACGAUGAAAUUCGGCAGCAACCUCCUUCUUAUGCAGAGAGUUCUGUGGUUCACAACAAUCAGAACAUGCGGCGGCAAGCAUCUUACAUACCUGAUAAUUUCAGCUCUCUGGAUGAGGUUAUUUCUGCAUUAAGAGAUGCUGGUCUUGAGUCGUCAAAUUUAAUCCUUGGUAUUGACUUUACAAAGAGCAAUGAGUGGACAGGUAAGUAUUCAUUCAAUAGGAGAAGCCUCCAUGCAAUUGGAAGCAUUCCUAACCCAUAUGAGCAAGCUAUUUCUGUAAUCGGGCGCACAUUGUCUCCUUUUGAUGAGGAUAAUUUGAUACCUUGUUUUGGAUUUGGUGAUGCAUCGACACAUGAUAAAAAUGUGUUCAGUUUCUUUCCUGAUCACCAACCUUGUCAUGGUUUCGAGGAGGCCCUUGCAAGAUACAGACAAAUUGUUCCAUAUUUAAAAUUAUCAGGUCCAACCUCUUUUGCACCAAUUAUUGAUGCAUCAAUUGAUAUAGUGGAGAGAAGUAAUUGGCAAUAUCAUGUCCUAGUUAUCAUUGCUGAUGGGCAGGUUGCAAGGAGUGAUGAUUUACCACCUGGAAGAUUUAGUCCACAAGAACAAGCAACUAUAAAUUCUAUAGUAGCAGCUAGUCAAUAUCCUUUGUCAAUUAUUUUGGUUGGUGUGGGGGAUGGACCAUGGGAUGCAAUGCAACAGUUUGAUGAUAACAUUCCUCACCGGUCAUUUGAUAACUUCCAGUUUGUAAACUUCUCAAAGAUCAUGUCUGAGAACAAGGAAAUGUCAAAGAAAGAAACAGCCUUUGCACUUGCUGCACUGAUGGAAAUUCCUUUUCAGUAUAGAGCCAUGCAGAAACUGAGGGUGGUGGAAAGUAGAAGUGGAGCACCACGUACAAAUCGACUUCCCCCUCCAAGUAAAGUUAUUGAGCAUGAUAAUGCUGUUAGAACCCCACAAAUACCAAGCUUCCAGUCAGUUGAGCAUGCAACUUCCACAGAGCAAGUCUGCCCCAUUUGCUUGACAAACCCAAAGGACAUGGCAUUUGGAUGCGGUCAUCUGACCUGCAAGGACUGUGGUGUAAGCAUAUCAUUGUGCCCUAUGUGCCGUGAGCCAAUAACGACACGCCUGAAACUGUAUUCCUGAGAAAAUGUGUUUCUUCAGCUGCUGCAUAUUUGGAAACUUGUUACAGAAAUGAAAAUUACAAAGAAAUUUGUAUAUUUUUUAUAUUUCUUGUCACUUCAUCUAUUAUUGUACUGUAAUUGACAAUGGCAUUAGA